AUGGCGUUGGACAUGAAGUUACAGACUCGCAAGUACCUUAUCGCCAUUACAGACUCGCAAGUACCUUAUCGCGAGUACAGACUCGCAAGUACCUUAUCGCGAGUACAGACUCGCAAGUACCACAUCGCCAGUACAGACUCGCAAGUACCACAUCGCCAGUACAGACUCGCAAGUACCACAUCGCCAGUACAGACUCGCAAGUACCACAUCGCCAGUACAGACUCGCAAGUACCUUAUCGCCAGUACAGACUCGCAAGUACCUUAUCGCCAGUACAGACUCGCAAGUACCACAUCGCCAGUACAGACUCGCAAGUACCACAUCGCCAGUACAGACUCGCAAGUACCUUAUCGCCAGUACAGACUCGCAAGUACCUUAUCGCCAGUACAGACUCGCAAGUACCUUAUCGCCAGUACAGACUCGCAAGUACCACAUCGCCAGUACAGACUCGCAAGUACCUUAUCGCCAGUACAGACUCGCAAGUACCUUAUCGCCAGUACAGACUCGCAAGUACCACAUCGCCAGUACAGACUCUCAAGUACCUUAUCGCCAGUACAGACUCGCAAGUACCACAUCGCCAGUACAGACUCUCAAGUACCACAUCGCCAGUACAGACUCGCAAGUACCACAUCGCCAGCACAGACUCGCAAGUACCACAUCGCCAGUACAGACUCUCAAGUACCACAUCGCCAGUACAGACUCGCAAGUACCACAUCGCCAGCACAGACUCGCAAGUACCACAUCGCCAAUACAGACUCUCAAGUACCUUAUCGCCAGCACAGACUCGCAAGUACCACAUCGCCAGUACAGACUCGCAAGUACCUUAUCGCCAGUACAGACUCGCAAGUACCUUAUCGCCAGCACAGACUCGCAAGUACCUUAUCGCACGUAGAUUGAAGUAA